CUACAUUUGUGUGUAAAGAUUUUCUUUCAUUUUUUUUUGUGAUUUCUUGUGUUUUUUUGUUUAAUUAAUUAUAAUUCCAAUUUGAUUAAUACUUCUUUUGUUUUCUUUUCUCAAUUGUUGUAAUUGAUUCACAUCAUUAGCAUGCCUUCUGUUACUAAUCCUAACAAAGUUGAUAGAUCAACUUUACCUGAUCCUCACCAAGAACCUCUCAACAAGGUUCAACUCUUGGUAGAUAACAAGAUCCGUAAUUUAGAGAAGAGAAAGUCACGUUUGGAGCAAUAUCGAGACGAGGCUAAAGCUGGUAAGGAAUUGAAUCUUGACCAGAGGAAAGCAGUCAAACGUUAUGAAGAGGUUACCGAAAUGUUGGAUUUUUUCCGUGAAUUUAAAAAGAAUGUCCAAACAAUUUUUGCUGACCACGUUAAGCAAAUGAAAAAGUUAGCAAGAAAGGAACGACCUACUAGAGAUCCUAAGGAAAUUGAACGUUUAAGACUAGUUUUCCUGUUCCAUGAUCUGUUAGGUAACCUCAAUGCUGAUGUUAAAAACGACUUUAUUAAAGGAACUAAUGGGGCUAUUCAACUUACUGAAGAUAAGAUUCAGCAUUUGGAAGAGUUCAGCAAGAUUGUUGAUUCGGAAAGGAGUAAGGUUGAUGAAGCUAACAAGAACCACACCAAAACAGCAGAACGAUAUCUUGCUUUAGUCGAAGGUAUUAGGUCAGAUGCGUUUAAAGGAACAUCUUAUAAAGAACUGAAGGAAACCUUACUAUCCAUCAGCGACAGUGGUUAUUUCGAAAAGUCUACCUCUAUCAGUGUAUCCGCUACAAAUGCUGUCUCUAAAUCCAGCUUAUCCUCAGCAACAAGUCAACCUCAGCAACCGCAAGUCGCAGAAACUGGUAACUUAUCUAGGGUUACGGAUGAUGAAAAUUUAAGCAGACCAAACUUUGAAUCUAGCCCAAUCCAACCUAUUGUAUCGAAUGAUUCUCAAGCACCAGUAAAACCGGAUAUCAGUGGAGUUAAUAAAUAUCAGUCUCAACCGUCUCACCCAUCGCAUCAAUCGCAACAUCAAAAUAAACCCAGAAAUCCAAACUCUAACCAGCCUGGUUUACAAGAAAUGCUAAGUAAUGUUGGAGGUCCUGGAGUGGGUAAUCCUGUUGCGGCUCCACCAAAUAGUUAUAAUUUCUUGCAAGAGUCUCGAUUAGAAAUGGAAAAUGCACCUCAUAUGGAUCCAGCGGUAGUUGCAAUGGCUCCUGUAACUGGUGCAUAUUCAGCAGCUUAUGGUAACAAUCAAAGUGUGGAAGCGUUAGCAGCUCAAUUUGCUUCUACGUGCAUCCCACCAAUGUCAUCAGUCAACAACAUGACUAAAGAUGUUACAACCUUUGAGACUACUGGUCCAAAUCAUCAACCCAUACCAACACAAACUUUCACAAACCAAAGGUUCACAGCCAUGAUGACUGGAGGAACAUUCGUACAACCAGUACCCAUUGCAAAUCCUUCAUUGCUUGGUUUACCUGUACAAUUAACCGGCCAAACAAUGAACCCACAUCAAACUGGCUCCAACGAGCAAAUGACCUCUAACCAAUCAAACAAUGAUAACCAGAAUCACGGUAUGACCAUGGCUGCUCUUGGUCAAUCUAUGCUUGCUGGCUAUGGACCGGAGGUAACCUUUACUCAGUAUCAGGCUCCUCAUCAACAACAUGAUAACUCACGAAAUAAUCAAGGACCUAGUCGAGAUAAACAAUCUUAUCAAGGAGACGAUAAUCAAGGUGGUUAUGGAUCAAAUUAUGGAAGAUACCGACGAGGUGGUGGUCGUGGAGGUGGCGGAGGAGAUCGUAACUCUGGUCCUCCUCGUGCAAACAAGUACAAUUCCUCUAAUGGUUAUAGUUCUCGUGGACGUGGAGGUGGUCCUGGUGUUCGAAGCUCCGGCAAACCUCAAGAUAACAAACCUAAGAACAUUUCUGAUAAUCGAAAUGUUUCCAAUCAAUGGUCAUAAAGAAACAACAACAACAACAAAAGAACCCAAGACUCUUCUAUCUCUUUUCUUCUCUUGAAUAAUAAUAACACUAAAUAAUUCCUUUUUCUUUUGUGAAGAAUCUUGAUUAGUCGAGAUUAAUCACUUAGAGUCCAACACCUUUUUUUUUCUUCUAUUUGCUCUCUACUUUUUUUCUUCUGGUUCCCUACUUUUUUCGAAUCUUUCCCAACUCUCUCAACCCUUAACUUCCACAAUGUUUUCACUCUUUCUUUAUCUUUUUCUCUCACACUUUUCCUUUUCCUUUUCCUUUUUCUCAAUUUCUCCAUUGGCUUGAAUAUGAAGCUUUAAAAAAAAAGAUAAUAAAAGAAACGAUUCGCUUUCAGUGAAAAAAAUAUUUAA